AGAGAGAGAGAGAGAGACCCCCAUAGGGCUGUGAUUUGACUAAAUAAACGGUUCAGCUCAGAGCAGUACCACCUCCUCCAGGACUUCUGGGACAGCACKGAUUAACCUCAGACUCUGAACAUCUGAGAGAUCUGUACAUUUGGAGCAGCGGAUCCUGUGGAGCCUACAGCUGGAAGCUUCUGCUCUAAUUUCCAUCGGCUGGCCCAGCAAGGAGGGGGAAGACCCAUCUGUGUCAGCGGGUCGGUUGUGAAGAAUAACGUGGUCAUAGAAAGCAGCCGCCAUGAGGAAGGUGUCAGCAUUCGUGCUCCACCUGACGCCUAUKUUUACAGCUUUGGUGUAUUUCUGCACUGAAGUGUCCUGCCUGAAGAUCACACCUGAUGCCAACGAGUUUGUCCUGACCCGAGGCGCCACUUUCACCCUUACCUGCUCCGGCUUCAAUGAGAGCUGGGAAUUUAAAAGGGACGACAUGGACGCCUAUCUAAGUGAGCAAGAUGAAAAUGGUCAUCAGGGGUACCAAAUUGUGAAAAGCGACGUAUCAAGUGUUCUGACGCUGAGGAAUGUGAGCUGGAAGCAUACUGGUGUGUAUCAGUGCCAAGAUCUAAAAUCUGGGGAAACCAAGGAGACAGCGGUGUUUGUUCCAGAUCCUGAGGUGUGGUUUGUAAAAAGCCCUCAUGGCAUGGUGGCAAGGACCAGUGAAGAAGGCAUCAUUCCAUGCGUGGUUACUAAUCCGAACAUCACAGUCACCCUGUAUAAGCAGGGCAACGACCAGGCCGUUGAAGGCCUGUAUGAUCCCACCGAGGGGUUCAAGGCACUGCUGGAGGACACGACAUACGUGUGUCGUGGGGAGCUGAACGGGGAGGUGAAAGACUCCGAGGCUUUUAACGUCAUCACUAUUUAUGCCUCUGAUGAGCUCGACCCUUACAUCAGCGCCUCGAAGACGGUCCUGAAGCAGGGAGAAGCGCUGACUGUAAACUGCACGGUGCGCGGACACGACCUGGUGUUGUUUAUCUGGGAUGUCCCCUACAGGGAGGUCGAACCUGUGACGUACGGCUCGUCCGUCGUGUACUCCAGCUUCUUCUUCCCUCAUGUCAAGGUGGCCCACAGCGGAACCUACGUCUGCGAGGUCUCCGAGGUCUACGGCCAAAUGAGUUUCACCAGCAUCAACAUCACCGUGCUCGAACAUGGUUUUGUGGACGUGAAGCCUGUGCUGCAUCAGAACAUUUCAGCCAAGCUUCAGGAGAACGUGAAGCUGAGAGUGGACUUCGAGGCGUACCCUCCCCCUCAGGUCGUCUGGACCAAAGAUGGCUCCUCCAUCAAAGGAGACAAAAUCAUCGACACCAACAAGGAGCAUGAAAUAAGGUACAUCACCAUUCUCACCUUGGUGAGGGUGAGGAUGGAGCAGAAGGGUCUCUACUCUGUCCUCAUUUCCAAUGGAGACGACAGAAAACAAGUUGUCUUUGACCUGGAAGUCCAAGUUCCUGCUCAGAUUAAAGACCUGACUGACCACCACCUCCCUGGGAAGAGACACUUGGUGACCUGCGUAGCCGAGGGGUUUCCAGCCCCGUCCAUCCAGUGGUACAGCUGUGACAGCAUGCUCAAGUGCAGCAACCAGUCGGCCGUGUGGCAGCCGCUGGUUCCGCAGCCGGGGGAGCUGAGCAUCCAGACCAACGUGACGUACAACAACACGCGUAAAAUCAGCCAGGUGCGCAGCCAGGUGAUCUUCCACAAGCCUCAACACGUCACAGUCCGCUGUGAGACCGUCAACCAGGCUGGACACGUCAGCAGAAGAGACGUCAAGCUGGUGUCCAGCACUUUGUUCUCCCAGGUGGCAGUGUUGGCUGCUGUCUUAGCCUUGGUGGUCAUUAUCAUCAUGUCUAUCACCAUCCUCAUCGCUGUGUGGAGGAAGAAACCUCGCUAUGAGAUCAGGUGGAAGGUGAUCGAGUCCGUGAGUCAGGACGGACACGAGUACAUCUACGUGGACCCCAUCCACCUGCCGUAUGACCUGGCCUGGGAGAUCGCACGAGAAAACCUGGUUCUGGGUCGCACUCUUGGAUCGGGAGCCUUUGGCAGGGUGGUCAUGGCGACCGCUUACGGCCUGACGCAUUCCCAGUCCAGCACAAAGGUGGCAGUGAAGAUGCUGAAAUCCACGGCCAGGAGAAGUGAGACUCAGGCGCUGAUGUCAGAGCUGAAGAUCAUGAGUCACCUCGGGCCUCACCUCAACAUCGUCAAUCUGCUCGGAGCGUGCACCAAACACGGCCCUCUCUACCUGGUUACGGAGUACUGUCGCUAUGGCGACCUGGUGGACUACCUGCACAGGAACAAGCACACCUUCCUGCAGUACUAUGCCGAGAAGAACCAGGACGAAGGCUGCUACAUUUCAAGAGGAAGCACGCCUCUCAGUCAGCGCAAAGGCCUGGCGUCCUCUGGCAGCGAGAGCGACGGAGGCUACAUGGACAUGAGCAAAGAGGAGCCCUCGCUCUACGUGCCCAUGCAGGAGCGGUUAGACACCAUCAAAUACGCAGAUAUCCAACCUUCUCCAUACGAGUCCCCCUACCAGCAGGACCUCUAUCAGGAGCAAGGCGGCAUCAGACUGGACCUGGUGAUCAGCGACUCUCCCAGUCUCACCUAUGAUGAUCUGCUGGGCUUCAGCUACCAGGUGGCGAAGGGGAUGGAGUUCCUAGCUUCCAAGAAUUGUGUCCAUCGGGAUUUAGCUGCCAGGAAUGUUUUGAUCUGUGAGGGCAAGCUGGUGAAGAUCUGUGACUUUGGCCUGGCCAGAGACAUCAUGCACGAUUCCAACUACAUCUCCAAAGGCAGCACCUUCCUGCCCUUGAAGUGGAUGGCACCGGAGAGUAUUUUCCAUAAUUUGUACACCACCCUGAGUGAUGUGUGGUCCUACGGCAUCCUUCUGUGGGAAAUUUUCACCCUGGGAGGAACCCCCUACCCAGAUAUGCCCAUGAAUGAAAUCUUCUACAAUGCUUUGAAGAGAGGUUACCGGAUGACCAAACCUGCUCACGCUUCUGAUGAAAUUUAUGAGAUCAUGAAGAAGUGCUGGGAUGAAAAGUUCGAGAAGAGGCCCGAGUUCUCCCUCUUGGUGCAAAACGUAGGGAACAUGCUGAUGGACAGCUAUAAGAAGAGGUAUAACCAAGUGAAUGAAAACUUCCUGAAGAGCGACCACCCUGCAGUGGCUCGCACCAAACCCCGGCUGGUCUCGCCCUUUCCCGUCUCCGACCGCACGUUCGGCUCUCCCUCUCCCCCCAUCGGCCUCACCUCCUCCCCGCUGAGCCCUCCCAACCAGGCCCAGAGGCUCCGAGAGCCUGACACACAGGAAGUCAUAAAUUCUUUUAACGAGUACAUCAUCCCCAUCCCAGACCCGAAGCCGGAUGAAGUCUUCAGCGACGCGCCAUCAGAAAGCCCUGCAAGCUCUCUGGCUCCGGAGGAGGAGACCGACUCGGUGUCCCACGGCACGGAUGAAACUCUUCCAGAGGACGACCGGCUGGAGGACACCAGCGAGAAAGACGCUCUGCUGGGCUUCACGGGGACGCCUGAGGUAGAAGACAGCUUCCUGUAGCCACAUGUGAGCACCCCGAGGGAAACCCAACUGAACCUAACUGUAGCAGAACUGAGAAGAACUCUCAGGAUUUUCACUAAAAGAACUCAAAACA